AUGAGUCAACACGUCUUGGAGACAUUAUCUGUCAAGGGCGACAUGCCUGGCCACACCAUGCCGGGCCAUGAUAUGCCCAUGCCCGAAGAUAGAUGUUCAAUGAAUGUAUGUAGCUAGCAGCACAGACAUCACCACCGCCGCCAGCGCGAAUCUUACUAACGGAACUAGAUGCUCUUUACAUGGAACUGGAAAAACACAUGCGUCGUGUUCAAAUGGUGGCACAUUAAAACUUUCUACGGGUUCUUAAUCUCGCUAGUGGUGGUGGUCUUGCUAGGCAUGGGCUACGAAUUCAUCAAAGCGCAAUUCAGCAAGUGGGAAAGAGCCACCGCCACCAUGACCACAUCUGGACUAAGCUCGACCCAGCAAAAGAGAUUCCAGCUACAACGAGCCUUGGUUUACGGAGUACAAGUCUUUUACUCGUUUUGGUUAAUGUUGGUAUUUAUGACUUAUAAUGGGUGGUUCAUGUUGGCGGUGGCUCUCGGUGCUGCCAUGGGCAACUAUUGGUUUGGUACUCUAGCUGGCAUGGAUACCACUUCGAGAACCAUGGCAUGUCACUGA